UCAGUUCACCAACGGCUGUUGGUCGGUGCGCACGACGCGAUGCUCGAAUUCCAGGGGGCGUCGGGACGCCGCUAGUCGGGCGCCACGCGUCCCGUCGGCAUGGCCCAUUUAUUGGUGACGGCGUCUCGCCAACAUCGUCAUGGAGGCCACCAGCUCGACGCAGGCGGACGUGACGGCACCGUCGCCGCCGGCUUCCGCGACGGCAGCGUCGCCUCCGUCGAAAAACACGCAGGCGACGCCGGGAAAUGCAGAUUCGACCUUUGCCAGCGUGAAAGCGGAACCAGAAUCCAAUCCCGACAGUCCCUUGGAAGCCACAAGUCCCAGUUCGAUAGCAAUAAGAGAACAACAUUACGUGGCAGCGGAUUCCAAUAGUUCGUCGACCACGAAAACCUUCGUCCCCUGCAAAGUCUGCGGCGAUAAAGCGUCCGGAUAUCAUUACGGGGUGACUUCCUGCGAGGGCUGCAAAGGUUUUUUUAGGCGUAGCAUCCAGAAGCAGAUAGAGUACAGGUGCCUAAGGGACGGCAAAUGCCUGGUAAUCAGACUGAAUAGGAAUAGGUGUCAGUAUUGCAGAUUUAAAAAAUGUCUGGCCGUAGGAAUGUCUAGGGAUUCCGUCAGAUACGGAAGGGUACCGAAACGAUCCCGCGAACGCAACGCCGAAGACAAUCCCUCGCCGAGGGUGUCGACCACCGCCCCCGACGUUGUGGCGGUAGUAACCCCGCCCACUCCGACCGAAACCUUGUCACCGUCGAGCGUGUCGAGCAAUCCCGGUAGCAUGGAGUCGGAAACCAAACAGAUGGCUGUAUACGAUAUUAUUUUAGGGGUGUCGCAAGCGCAUCACGCGAAUUGCGGUUACACCGAGGAGAGGACGCGAAAUUUGCAACGAAGGUCCUUGGUACCGCCACCCAGGUACAAAGCGGAAGACGACGAAGACGAGGACGGCGACGACGGGGAAGGUGUCGCGUCAUCCACCGCGGAAUCCCUGGAGAACGACCGGUGUUGGUUCUGGCAGCAGUUCGCCACGUGCAUGACUCCCAGCGUCCAGAGGGUGGUGGAAUUCGCGAAAAGGGUGCCCGGAUUCGGUGGCCUUGGCCAGGACGACCAGCUGAUCCUCAUCAAGUUGGGGUUCUUCGAGCUGUGGCUCAGCCACGUGGCCAGGAUGACGUCGUCGCAGUCUUUGACCUUCGACGACGGCACGGUGGUGACGCGGCAACAGCUCGAACUGAUGUAUGAUAACGAAUACAUUGGGACGAUCAUCCACUUCGCAAACACUUUCAACGCCUUGUCCCUGAACGACACCGAAGUGGGUCUCUUCUCAGCAGUAGUACUGAUGACUGCGGACAGACCGGGACUCACCGACGUCAAAACGAUCGAGCAUUACCAGGACAAGCUGGUCGAGGCAUUGAAAGUACAAGUGGGGAGGAAUCACGCGGGCGAGACCCAACUGUUCUCCAACCUGCUGAUCAAGUUGCCCGAGCUGAGAAGCUUGGGCAACAAGCACACCGCUCACCUCGACUGGUUUCGGGUGAACUGGCAAAAACUCGCCCUGCCACCCCUGUUCGCGGAAAUUUUUGACAUCCCGAAGUCAGAGGACGAUCUGCAGUGACCGACUGGGCCAUAUAUGCGUUCAUAUAUCUGACGACGUAUGACGCAGAGGGAGUAAUAACACGCCAUGACGUCAGCGAAUUAUCACCUUGCAGGUGGGCGAAGCGAACUCGCAGAUUCGAAUGUACGCCGAAACUUGCUCAACAGAAAAAUUGCUCCAAGGCUGACGACGGCAUUGGGGACGCGAGGCACCAAGCGGGGUUCAAAACCCCGUCAGGCAGCCGCGAUAUCAAUCUGAGUAACGACAGGGUCUCUCAAGCUGUUUAGUCGCUACGUUUUUUAGGUUAAAUGAAUUUAGGGUAUUAUAUUGUUGAACAUAUCAAUGGCCCGCGGAUGACCGUAAAAAAAUGACCUUGAAAAACGGAUCCGGGCACUUUAAAGCCGUCACGGACUAUUUUCCCGAAUUGCAGGAAUCGAUUGGCUCUGUUUUAAGAGUGCGACUAAAUUUGGGGCGGAGAUUUUCGGAAUGCCGAUCCCGUUCGUUGUUUUCCCCCUCCGGUGCUGAAUUUGAAUAAUACAUACCGGCGGUAUUACCCCAAAAAUGUAAAACAAUAAUAAAUGUUUGACAAUGGUAGAAAAUUACUGACGUAUGCUUACGUAGGGUGUUUUAAGUGACGUAACAAUCAUAACGCGAUAUUACUUCUAAGUGUCUCUCAUUAGUUAGAUUUAUUAUGAGUCCCCCGGGGGGGUGGUGGUACCGGCGAUUUAUGGAAAAGGAAUUGAAUUUUCGGAAAUCGUGGUCUCUUUUUUUUAACACUAAAAUACACGUUUUGUCUAACCAGUUUUCAAUUCCAGUUUUCUUCGAAUUUUACAUUACACAAAGUUUUUUACAUUAAGUGCUCUUUAAACUAAGAAUUUUUUUUAUUUUUUGAGAUCUAAUUUGGUAUUAUGUCCAUCUUUUUCGUUUAUCGUUUUUAAAUAUUAUUUUUGAUUCGCCAACCAAGUACUUUCCGCUGUUGUUCUACACAAAACGAACAUUUGCCCCUCCAUAAGCGCAGUUUUCCUUGAUUUUAUAUGAAAAAUGUCAUAAGGAGCACUGAGAACUUAAAGCUAAAGUCGCAUUAUAACUAUUCAGUGCAAAUACAAAAAAAAUAAAUUCUUUUUAUAAAAUCACGCUUGUCAUAAAAAUUAAUUUAUACAAAAAUAUUAAUAAUCAUUAUUUUUUUAACUUUAAUUAAAUCUUAUUAAACAAACGGAGUCUAAAUAGAAGUUUUUAAAUAACAAUUUAAAUACAUUUAGCUUAAUUAUUUUUACAUUUAACAAACAAGAUAUGAAGAUUACUUUCAUAAUUUAGAUUAGCGAAAAAUUGCGUCAAAGUUGUACAGGAACAGUAGAAUCUUCAAUACACUUUUAUUUAAAAGAUUGUACUUCUAGUUUACAAACGGCAUUAUACAAUAACUAAAACUAAAUUUCUCUUUACUCGAAAACAUUCUAAGAAAGUUUAAAUGUUUCUCACAGGAAUCGUGCUCCCCCCGUAGGGUAUCUACUCUGCUGUUAAUAUCGUGUAGUACAAAAUUUAUAGAAAUAUAGUGCCGAUAGACAUAAACGCGGUUUGUACUUUUAAUAAUUUUUUAUAGAGAAGGAGUGUUACAGGUAGGAUAUACAUAAUUUCUGGAACUACGGUUGCUCUCUUAGCAGCUGUUUCAAUCCGCACUUUCCCUCGCUACUAUCAACGGAUAAGUGACGUUUUCACCUGUUGCCAAGUCUCCGUUAUCGUGCUGGUUUUAAUCGUCAACGGACUAUGCGUGUUUUCGUUUUCCUUGACCUUGCUCUCUCUGGCAUAUUUUGUGGUCAAAUAAAAAAUCCCCGACAUAUUUAGAUUGCCCAUGCCGAUCAGAAUCUACAUUUCAAUAAAUUCCAACGAUCCGGCGACAUUCUGAACUAACGGGUGGCUUGGUCCACAUAAGUUUACAACCUUGCGAUUUGAAAGCAACACAUAAGUAUUUUCAAAAAUGUUCCUUUAUGCGUUUUCAAACUUUGCAUUGUAUUUAGUUUUGGCUUAUUUCCGCUAUAUUUUGGGCUAUAAAGUGCAAAGGAAAAAUUGCAAUGUCCAGGAAGAAAGUAAGGUUAAGUAAAGCUAUCGCGCAAGUGGGCACCCUUCAUUUUAGCAGUUCAACUCAAGUAACUAACUCGUAAAUUUCACUGAGUCUCGAACAAAAAAACCCUCGACUAUGAUCUUUAUGGAACAUAUCUCGUAUUGUAUUAUAACGCGUAUUUUAAUUUUACUGUACUUAACAUGUGGUUCAGACUGAAUUAUUGUGUUACGGAGCAAGGGAGAAGCGGAUGGGUAAGUUAACCCGAAGCCGUUUGUUCCGCAUCCUAUUAACUUAUAUAUAUUUUGUACAAUAAGUUGCCACGAAAGCAAAGUGUAAAGACAUAUUUUAGGUAGGGAUGAUAUUUUGAAAAAGAAGUGAAACGUACCUAAUUUUAAUAAAUAUUGAAUUACGAGUUUACGCUAUAUUUUUAUAGGUUUUAAGCUUUUUUAUAUAAACUUGAAAAGUAUUAUUUUUUUCCAGUUCCUUUCCGCUGACAAAUCUCUCCUUUCCCUUCUAAAAUAAGCAAAUUUUCCAAUACACUUUAGGACGAAACCGUUUUAUUUGAAAUAAUUAACACGUAUUGUUAUUAACACGCUACGCAUAAAAUGGCAAUAUUUAUGUGGUUUUUGACAUUUUGUACAUGUGCUCAUACAUAACAAAUUGGACAUUUUCGAAUAAUAAUGGUAAUAUCUACUUAUUGAAAUGAAUGUUGUUAAGCUCAUUGUUAUUGCUCUUUGUUUAUAUUCUAUUUAAAUUUUUAAUUAUUAUGUAUAAAAAUAGGGGUCGUUUAUGUUUAUAAAUAACAGAAUAAUAGUUAAUCAUCCUUAAUAUAUAUCAUGAGACGUAAAAUUUUAUUUUUGAAUACAAUACUUUAGUGCCGCAGGUAUUAUUUUAAGGUAGAUUAUAUUAUUACGUUCAUUUUUGUAAUGCUAUAUUUAUAAUUUUUUUUCUGAACACUGGA